AGAUGGUAUUUAGCACAGCGUAGCUGGCUCCUACAAGAUUCAAACGCCAAGCUACUGCAACUGCUGCUCUGAGCAGGACCUUUCAGGACCAGACUCCUUCCUGAGACCCACACCAGAGAGGGGAGGAAGAUGAGCACUGAGGGCAAAGUUAUUAAAUGCAAGGCGGCUGUCGCCUGGGAAGCAGGGAAGCCUUUGGCUAUCGAGGAAAUUGAAGUGUCCCCCCCAAAAGACCACGAAGUUAGAGUAAAGAUUGUUGCCACUGGUGUAUGCCGCACAGAUCAUCAUGCUGUCAAUCCUAGUUUCAAGGAGGGUGUUUUCCCAGUGAUCCUGGGCCACGAGGGAGCUGGAAUAGUGGAGAGCAUUGGACAAGGAGUUACUAAAUUUAAACCAGGUGACAAGGUUAUUCCCCUCUACAUGCCUCAGUGCGGCCACUGCAAGUUCUGUUUGAACCCUAAGACCAACCUUUGUGAGAAGAUCAGCAAGGUUAAAACACCGAUUUCAGAUCAAGACGUGAUGUCUGAUGGGACGAGUAGAUUCACCUGCAAAGGGAAGCCCCUUUAUCACUUCAUGGGGACUAGCACCUUCUCGGAGUACACUGUUGUGUCAGAAAGCUCUCUUGCCAAAAUUGAUGCUGCUGCUCCUCUGGACAAAGUUUGUCUGAUUGGUUGUGGAUUUUCCACUGGCUAUGGAGCUGCCAUCAAUACCGCACAGGUUGAGCCGGGUUCCACCUGUGCUGUCUUUGGCUUGGGAGGCGUUGGCCUUUCAGCUGUCAUGGGCUGUAAAGCUGCUGGAGCUUCUAAAAUUUUGGGGAUUGACAUCAACAAAGACAAAUUUCCACUAGCUAAAAAGCUGGGAGCGACUGAUUGCCUUAACCCUCAAGAUCUCAGACAGCCCAUUCAGGAGCUUAUAGCUGAAAUGACAAACGGUGGUGUGGAUUUUGCCAUUGACUGUGUCGGUAUUCCUGAUGUCAUGAAAGCUGCCUUUGAAAGCACGACAGUGGGCUGGGGAACAUUUGUCAUUGUCGGAGUGGCUGUUAGUGAGCAAUCGAUCCCUGUCUCUCCAAUGCAGCUGAUAAUGGGACGGAAAAUAAAAGCCACCUUCUUUGGAGGCUGGAAGAGCGUGAACAGCGUACCGAAGCUGGUGUCUGAUUAUAUGGCAAAGAAAUUUGAUCUGGAUGCCUUGGUGUCACAUACUCUGCCAUUUGAGAAAAUCAGUGAUGCUUUUGACCUUAUGAUUACAGGAAAGAGCAAUCGAACAAUCCUGGUUUUCUAAGGAAUAAGUAGAAAUUUUUGAAGACUGUCACUUGAACUUAAGACUUAUUUUCGGCAUGCCUCUUUAUUCAAUAAAUUGAUAAUUCUCUCAAUAUAUAUUUAAGGGAGUGCAGCUCACACAAAUACGGAAUGAUUAGCAGUGAAAGGUCAUAAUGGACAGCAGCUAGUAUUGCAUUAUUUAAAGCACAUUAUAUAAAUCAGCAUGUAACUGUUUUUUGUUAUCAUGUAAGUAAUAUUUAUUCAUGCAUACAUGGAUGUGGUUUCAUUUUUGCUAAUGACCUUUUGCAAAUAUUGUUGUACUUUUUAAUAUAUAUUCAGCACCAAGUCAUUACAGCACAACUGUGCAAAACAUUCCCCAGAGAACAGGACUGUCAAUAUGAGCAGACCAUCCUGCUAAACAGACAUUUCACAUGGAGCAGAACUUUGGACCCGUAAAACUAAUGCCUUUUGACCUCUUUUGAGCAACUUUUACCCCAGCCCACAGCCAACACCCGUCCUUUGAACUUGCUGUGAACGCCUCAGCAGGAUCACCAAUUACACACCACAUCAUGAACACACUAAUGAGUCACCAGAGGUUAACAAAUUCCACCUUGUCUGCCCAUUUGCAAUAACUUCUGCACAUAUAAGUUACUUUGCCCUUCUAUAAAAGUUUACUGUAACUGUGUAAAGUAAAACUGUGUACAGUAAACUGUUUACUGUGCAAGUUUUCUCUUAAUUACUUUCUAAGUAAAAAAGAAUAAGACUACAGAUAAUGAGAUCACACCAAAAUAAUGUUUCCCGUUGUAAGCCAGUUCUAUACUUCCCUAUCUAGAAAACACUAGAAGGUCCUCCCAACCAACAGUAUGCAUCCCAAAUCCUGCAAAUAUGUAUGUACAGCCUUAAUUUUAUAUUAGUUACUAGUCUCAGAAAAGUAAUCAAUUAGUCUGAUAACUCUGUAGUAAAUAUAGACACAGAAAUAGAUUCAUGGGCCAACUAAUUAUACAUUAACACCACACUAAUGUCUUAUAAACAAACCACUUCCUCCAUCUGUAUCACCAUGCAUUACUUCCAAGUUUUGCUAAUUUGACUGAUUUACUUUUGAUUUAAGAAAAAAAGCUAAACCAUGAUUAAACAAAAUUUGAUUGUUACAAAAUAA